AUGUUUCGAAGGAUAUGGCUUCAAAAUGUGAUGCAGUGUAGAAAGACGCUCUCUCUGGUGACAUAUCCUAGCGCUUUCCUUCCAUCUAUUGCUUAUGUUUCCCAAGCACGGUUUUUGAACUUGAGUCGGAAUAGUAAAACCUCCACUUCUAAACAUAUUACAGAAGUAAAAGUGAACGAGAUUAGAAAUAAGCCUGGGAACAAAAUUGCAACUAUACCAAAUGCUUUGUGCUUAUUCAGAAUUGGAAUGACUCCAGUAAUUGGAUAUUUAAUAAUAAAGGAAUCAUACAUGAUUGCACUGGCUUUAUUUGCUAUUAGCGGAAUAACGGAUUGGUUGGAUGGUUAUAUUGCUCGAAGCUUUUGGAGUCAAAAUUCGCUGGUUGGUAGUAUAAUUGACCCUGUGGCUGAUAAAUUACUUGUUACAACCGUUUUUAUUAGUCUCACUUACGUCAAACUUGUACCAUUGCCUCUUACUAUUCUGGUGAUUUUACGAGACAUUGGUCUUAUUGUUGGUGGAGCUGUGACCAGAUACAAAACACUUGAAAAACCGGUAACAUUAAUCCGGUAUUUUAGCCCAUCUGUUUCACCACUUCAAGUCACACCAACAUCUGUCAGUAAAGUGAAUACGGCACUUCAGAUGUGCACAAUCGCUGGAAGCCUAGUAUCUUCUAUAUUAGGCUUUACGAAUCAUCUUUUUCUAACACAUAUCUACUUUGCUACUGCCGCAACAACGAUCUAUUCUGGAUUCCAGUACGCACGGCUGACCAGGAUGAAGCCAGUAAAGAAGGAAUAA